AUGCCUCAGAAUGAAUACAUUGAGCUACAUAGAAAACGCCAUGGAUAUAGGUUCGACCACUUUGAGAAAAAGAGAAAGUUUGAAUCGCGUAAAGUCCAUAAGGAAUCUCAACAUGCUCAAAAGCUGAGAGGCAUAAAGGCUAAACUUUACAACAAAAAGAGGUAUGCUGAAAAGGCUACUUUAAGGAAACUAGUUAAAGCAAACGAGGAGAAAGAUGCGGUUGAGAGGGAUCCAGAAAAUGUACAAAAAGGAGCAGUUCCAUCAUACUUAUUGGAUCGUGAGGGGGUUAACCGAACAAAGAUUCUCAGUAAUAUGAUUAAGCAGAAAAGAAAGGAGAAGUCUGCAAAAUGGCAAGUACCUAUACCAAAGAUUAAGGCUAUGAAUGAAGAUGAAAUGUUCAAAAUCUUAAGAACCGGCAAGCGUCAAAAGAAAUCAUGGAAGAGAAUUGUUAAUAAAGUUUGUUUUGUGGGGAAUGACUUUACUAGAAAACCUCCAAAGCUCGAAAGAUACAUUAGACCAACUGGUUUGAGAUUUAAAAAGGCUCAUGUUACACAUCCGGAGCUUAAAACUACUUUUUACCUCGAUAUUGUUUCCAUAAAGAAAAAUCCCCAGAGCCAAUUAUAUACUACAUUAGGUGUAAUUACUAAAGGUACUAUAAUUGAGGUAAAUGUUAGCGAACUAGGUCUUGUUACACAAACAGGUAAAGUUGUAUGGGCAAAGUAUGCUCAGGUAACUAAUAAUCCAGAAAUUGAUGGCUGUAUUAAUGCUGUUUUAUUAGUUUGA